CGAGGGAACUGUCCCUUUUACGCUGCCACCUGCUCCAGGCAGCUGAAGCGAGCUCAGCCUCAGCUCAACCACCCGUAGAUUCUUCCGCUGCAUCUGCAUUAGGAAAAGCAAAGCGAGCUCGGCUCAAGUCAGCUCUCGCUUCCCCCAGCUCCGCCGCUGGCGUCGAGCGAGCCAAUUGACCAGUACCAGUACUACUACUACUUCAGUGUCGCCAUCGCCAGUCAGGUGGCGUCCACUGGACGCACGCCAAGGCCUCGCCACGCACGCUCGCCGUGAAAGCUCGGUCCCUCUCUUCUUCUUCAUCUGCCCGCGGCUGCCUCCGCGAAGCCAUCGUCUUGGGGAGUGCUGCCUGUGAUGCUGGGGAUGGCCAAGCAGCUGCUGCAGCUGCAGGCCGCCGCGACGCACCGGAGGAACGGCGCCGGCCGCCGCCAGCUCCUCGCCCCCGUGCUCCCUCGCCACGCUCCCGCGGCCAGAGCCGGCAGGUUCGCCGCCUGCUUCCUCGCGUGCCUGCUCGCUCUCGCCGCCGGCGCCGUCCUCACGCUCUGCGUCACGGUCCACCGCCCGGAGCCUGAUGCCGUCUCCGACGCCUCGCCCCGCGGCAGCGGCUACGCCGUGGUGAUCAACACGUGGAAGCGCUACGGCCUCCUCAAGAAAGCCGUCCAGCACUACUCCGGCUGCGCGGGCGUGGACGCCGUCCACGUCGUGUGGAGCGAGCCGCGGGAGCCUCCCGAGGCCCUGCGCCGGAGGGUCCUCAACUGCACCCAGGCCGCCGUGGAGGUGCGGUUCGUGAUGAACAGGGGCGACGACAGCCUCAACAACAGGUUCAGGCCGAUCCAGGGGCUCAGGACGGACGCCAUCUUCUCCGUCGACGACGACCUCAUCGUGCCGUGCUCCACGCUGCGGUUCGCCUUCGGCGUCUGGCAGAGCGCGCCCUCUGCCAUGGUCGGCUUCGUGCCCCGAAUGCACUGGCCUACUGACCCGAGAGGCAACACUAAGGAGUACAGAUAUGGAAGCUGGUGGUCAGUUUGGAGGACAGGGACAUACAGCAUGGUACUUUCCAAAGCGAGUUUUCUCCAUAAGCGGUAUUUGGAUCUAUAUACCAACCACAUGCUACCGUCGAUUCGCGAUUAUGUGACAGAGAAUAGGAAUUGUGAGGACAUUGCUAUGUCUUUUCUUGUUGCAAAUGUGACCGGAGCUCCACCAAUAUGGGUCCAAGGAAGAAUUUUUGAGAUCGGAUCGGCCGGCAUCAGCAGUCUAAAAGGCCACGAUUUGCGGAGAUCUAGAUGUUUGAAUGCAUUUGUUUCCAUGUAUGGCCAUAUGCCCCUGGUAGCGACUACAGUCAAGGCUGUUGAUAGCCGAACUAGCUGGUUUUGGUGAUAUGGUUUUAAGUUCAGUUUGGUUUAGCGUUAUUAUGCCUUCUCUUAGGUGCGGCCUAGCACAUAUUACCAGGUUAGCAUACUUCUGCAUAGUUAUUCAGGUCCCAAGAAUACAGGUUGCAAGAUUAUACACAUAACGUGCUGAAUUCAAGAUAGAGUGGCCGUUUGCAAAGCUAUAGCUUUUUGUAAAUUAUGUGCAGGGGAGGUGAAACUAUUUAUGAAUUGUGACACUCCUCGAGUCAAGCGCAGUACAGAGUUCUGUUUUUUACUCUA